CCUUUUCCAUUGAGUUAUUUGGAUUUUCUAGAGCAGGUUGGAAUGGGAAUGGGAUAGAAGAACAAAGUCUUCGGUGAAUUGCAGAGGCUGUUCGGUUGCAGAGAAAGUUGAGAUGGCUGCUGCUUUCUUUCUCUUUCUGGCCGCCUGUUUCCUGUCCCUGAUUAAUUUCAGCAGUAUUUCUGCUCAUCCGGAAGAAAGCAACAACAACAGCAACAUCAAGAUCAGCUGUCCCAAGUCCUUCACCUGCGGAAGCUUCGGAACUCUGUAUUUUCCUUUCUCCAAUCAGUCCAAUUCCCAGUGCGGCCUUUGCACAGUGUUCUGCGAUGAAGACCAUCCUCGACUUCCGGUCGGCAUGUAUCUUGUCAGCGAACCCUUCUUUUUCGGUAACAUAACCCAAAUCUCAUCCGAGGCCAACGGUAGGAGCAUGAUUAAACUCAUUAACACAAGCUUCAAAGCUGAUUUAGAUGCCAGAAAUUGCAGUGCCUUGAGGAAUUUGAGUUUACCCUACACUCCUUCUAUUUCAUUCUCCAUCCCUCACAAUCUCACCCUCUUCCAAUGCAACAGAAGCUCCUUUGCAUUUAGCUCUCCCACGGAUGAUCUCUAUUUCAACUACACAGUCUGCGAUGAUCAUAACUAUAUUUACUACUACAAGUACCCAGAUGAUAACGUUUCAGCUACUGCUAAUGUUUUUCGAGGCUGCCCAGCGAUUCAGCUGCCUUUGGAGGGUUCAGAAAAAAUUGAACCUGGCGACAGAGAUGAUCCGUUCAAACUACUAACUGCCACCUAUUUUAUCGAAUUGCAUGUGUCCGAGGAUUGUCUCAAAUGUCACCAGAGAGGCGGCCAGUGUCUGAAUACCAACCAAAAAUUUCACUGCACCAUCAAGAAAGAAGGAACAAACGUCAAAUUGAUCAUCCUCUUAGUCGGUGGAGCCCUCGUGAUUUGCUUCCUUGUAUUCAUUAUCUGUGUCUGCAAAAGAUGGAACUAUUGCCUUUCAUAUUUCCCAUGGAGGAAAAUUUCCUCUGACCCAUCUUCAAAAGCUGAGAUUGAAUAUAGCGGUGUGUUCUUUGGAGUUCCACUCUUCAAAUACGAUGAACUUGAACAAGCAACAAACAAUUUCCAUCCUUCCAAUGAGCUCGGAGAUGGAGGCUUUGGCACUGUGUACCAUGGGAUACUCCAAGAUGGAAGGGAAGUGGCGGUGAAACGCCUAUACGAGCACAACUCCAAGCGGGUGAUCCAGUUCUUGACUGAAGUCGAAAUCCUAACCUGCCUGCGCCACCCCAAUCUUGUUUCCCUCUAUGGCUGCACUUCGCGCCAUUGCAGGGAACUCUUGCUUGUUUACGAGUACAUUCCUAAUGGCACUGUGGCCGAUCACAUCCAUGGCGACCGAGCGCAGGAUGGCUUGCUCACAUGGCCUAUCCGGAUGAGCAUAGCCGUAGAAACUGCCAGUGCAUUGGCUUACCUCCACGCUACUGAAAUCAUCCACCGCGAUGUCAAGACUACCAACAUACUACUUGACAACAAUUUUUCUGUCAAAGUUGCUGAUUUCGGGCUUUCAAGGCUCCUCCCCACCGAUGUCACCCACGUUUCGACAGCUCCACAGGGCACUCCCGGCUAUGUUGACCCGGAAUAUUACCAAUCUUACCAACUCACUGACAAGAGUGAUGUCUAUAGCUUUGGGGUUGUGCUCAUUGAGCUCAUAUCAUCCAUGCCCGCUGUUGACAUUAGCAGGCAUAGGCAUGAGAUUAAUUUGGCUGGCUUAGCAUUAAACCGGAUUCAAAACCGCAAAUUCACUGAGCUAGUCGAUCCCUCUCUCGGGUUUGAGUCAGACUCUUCAGUGGAAAGGAUGAUUACCUCAGUGGCAGAGGUGGCUUUUCGAUGCCUACAACUCGAAAAGGAAAUGAGGCCAAGCAUGAAUGAAAUUUUAGAGGCUUUGAAGGAAAUUCAAGAUUACAAAGACGAGAACAACAACGGGGAACAAAUUGACAAUCCAGAGCCCUUAAAUCAUAUAUUGCCUCAUCCUUCCCCUGAGGGUGAUGAUGCUGUGUUGUUGAAGAAUGGCAAGGUGCCACCUUCGCCGGAUUCUGUGACCAACGUUUGGAUUAGUGGCUCCACCGCAUCCAUAUCUAGCGGUUAAGGCUUUGUUUCCAGAAAUUAAGAUCAGGCAUUUUCAAUCCACAGCACUCGUUUUAGGGGUGAGUUUAAUUUUUGUCUUCUGUCAUAUGCUUGUCUUUGAUACAUAGCUCUCAAUAUUUGUAAAUGCAAAUUUUAAUAGAUGCAGAUUAUUGAAGUUAACUACAA